UGCCGCUGUUUUUUUGAUGGCGCACGUCUACAUCUACAUGGAAAUGAAGUGCUGACUGUAUAAGCGGACAUUACACAGUAGUUCCUGGAGACUAUUUAUCAUCCCGGUCGACAGGUGGCGGUAAAGAGGACGACUCGGUUUUAAACCACUUCCUAGCAACCGUCCCUGGAUACGCGCUGGCGGAAGCGCGCCGCUUAGUGCGGGAAGAUAACAACAAUAUGGAGCGCGAAGAGGAGGACACUGCGGAUGUGGCACUGCCCCAAAGGGAAAAGAGUGUGCACCAAGUAGAAGAUCAUUCUCUUGGAGCCAUGGGUGCCUUGGAUCUGGAGGCUUUGCAACUCCAGUUCCAGGACAGCAACCUCUCUCCGGCUCUCCCUCUCCUGCAGUUGCCCACAACAAAACACAACCUGACUGAAUUUUCUUUAUUUCAUCACAGUGCUGUGGAAUUUGCUGCUUUAAGGCCGUACCCCGACACUUCUGUGGCAUCAACACAGUCUGACCUCCCACCUCAUGAUCACACAACUCACAGUUCUGUGUCGUUGUCUCAGCAUCCCUUGGCCCAGACUUCGGUCUUAUCUGAAAUAUCCGAGAGCAGCUGCUCCCAGUUCAGUUUGCAGGAUGACGGGGUAGAUGAAACCCUCCACUCGAGCGGUACUAACAAGCUGAUGGUGGCGCCCUCUGGUGGCAGGGAGUUGCAAUCUCCUGACAGACCCAACCAAUCUCCAACAGACGAGCCGUACUUUUUAAGCAAGCCUGUCGCUGCAGACCAACUUCUGGACCUUCUCCAGAAAGACGUUGUCGUGCCCAGCAGCAGCAGCAGUGCAGUCUCCUCUCAGAAGAGCUUGUCUGCUGCUUUUAGAGAAACGGAUACCUUCAAGACUACUGUGGACCACAGCACGACAACCAGACAAGGUCCCUCAGGUGAAGCGUGCGCUUCUCAAGGUCAGGCUUCAUUCCCUGAAGUCUGCAACGUUUCUAUGGGUUCACGCAGCACUCAGCCUGACGACAGCACUGAAACACUGCACAGAGAGCUGAUAGCGGAGACAACCAAACAUAGUGGACCUGAGCUCCUCUCUCAUCUACCACUGCAGAAAUCUGGUGACAAGUUCACUCCCAAACCUGCUGCCACGUCGACGGGUCAUCCCCGUGGCUUGCCCUGGACCGGCUCAGUUUUGACAGGGGCGCAGAGGUUUCAAAGAGCGCACGACCUCUGGUCUCCAGCCACCCAAACUGGGAUCGACGGGUCCUAUCUUGGCUUCCUUCCUCAGUCUCAGUCCACACCAGGGGUUUUUAAGCUGCCACUCAGAAGUGCCAAACCUACAGAAGGAAAACUGUCCGACAUUGAGUCUCAUCAAGAGGGCUCAGUGGAAUCCAGCAGCAAGGUCACACCAACCGCUCAGCGGCAUGAAGAGGAAGCGCCAUCCACCAGAGUCCGAUCCCUGCCAUCUCUGGAUUAUAAACAGAAAGUUGACGCAUGGAGGGAAUAUCACACUUCGGCCGAGCCGUCGCUGGUAGAUAGCUUGGCUUUGAAAGGCGUCCUCGGGACAUCCCCCAAAAGGAGAUCCUAUGAUGCUGUAUCUGCCUCUUUAGAUGGCAUUCUGAGUCAACAACAGCCUCCAGGGAUGAGGGAGAGCUCCUCUGCAGGUCACUCUGGAGCUUCUUCUCCAAGAAGGAUGGAUGCUGCUGAUGGCCUUGCAGUGAGGGACAGCACCAUAUCCUCAGCACAACCAUCUGCAUCUCCAUGUGGACGGUCCCAGUCCCACUCUUCGCUCAACACCGUUGUUAUGUCAACCCAGACGGAGCAGCAGCCAGAACUGGAAACCAGGGCGGCGGACGAGGCCCGUCAGCAGACGAGCGGCCCGGUGGAGCCGUCGCCCUCUUUUAACCUUGACCGCUUCAGCGACGUUUCUCUUGACAGGGAUCUAAUGCUGUCGCCUUCCCAAGACAGCUACAUUCACGAUGAAGUCAAGCUAGCGACUUCAGUCGGAGCCUCUUCUGUUGUCAGCCUUGAAGUUGAUAAUUACGCCCCCUACUGGACCUCCAAACCAUCAACACCUGCACCGCACCCCAGAGCUCCGGAGCUCAACAUUGAAGAACGAAUUCCGCUGUAUCUUCACAACCUGGGUAUUGACCAGUCGCCGUCAGCGAUACUGACACCUUUUGCACCCCGUGGACCAAUCAGAGAGCCUGAAUUCUCUCCCACUGAUCUCAGUACCAUCAAAGGAUCCAUUGGAACCCCAACCAGGAGUGCUCAACCUUCAGAAGGUGACAGUCCGUUGAAGGGGGAGUACUCCAGGGCCAGUGUUGUGUCAGCGGACUCCAGCAUCUCCGUACCCUUCAGUCUGGACAGCCUGGGUCCAGCUCUGUCUGCCCCGGAACAGCCCAGGGUUUCCUUGUCAUCCAGCACAAGCAGAGCUAGCCGCAGACUUGCAGCCUACUUCCAUGCAGAAUUAGAGCCUCAGCUGUCCAUAACUGAAAGCAGCCAGCGACUACCCAAGGACAGUGGUGAAGCCAGUGGCCAAAACAAGCUCGAACCUCCGUUUGCUCAGGACGCUGAAAGCAUUAACGGAGAUCUGAAUGCUACUUUAGUGGGAAGCAGUGGCCUGCAGACGUUGGAGGGACCACUAGCUUCCAGUGUUCCCACUGAAGUCCCCAUGCUCAAGAUCAGUAAAGAACCUUUGGAAUCCACUCGUCCUUCUUCUGCCCACACGUGGAGCAAGUCAUCAGAAGUACGGCGGCAGAGCUCGAUAGGUCAAGAAAGCCUAAGCUCCUCCAUUCAGCGGGGUUAUCCGUCCAACCCAGACACCUUUGUCUCUCCCCAGAGAGACACAGUUAUCCAAGGUGAGGUGUCCUCUCUAAACAUCUCCAAGGCAACCCGGCGGGCGGAGCCAGAGGGCUGCAGCGCCGCUCCCCUGGACGUGCCUCCACCUGUGGCACCAUCGUCCCUGAGCGCCGCAAGCUCCACUUCAGAAGUGCUGUCACAGCAAGAGACAGAGGUGACUCAAGAUCCACAGGAGGACGGCAGGUCCUCAGCCGUGCAGGUGGGGUCCGACCGCGUAGGCACCAGCGACGCAAGCAGCCAGAGCUCGCUGACGGUCAAAGUGGGGAAGCUGCUUCAGAUGGAAACCCCAUCCACGCUGACCACCAGCACCCCCAGCACCACCGACUUGGAGGACAGCAGGGUCAGAGACUGGAUCAAACUGAAGAAGUCCGGCCAGCUGUCAAAGCUGCCGGAGCUGGACCAGGAGGACCGCGAGCAGAUCGAGGAGAUCAAGAGAGAGCUGCUGCUGAAGAACCCUGGCAUGAAUGAGGCCAGCUCAGAUUCCGAGAGCCGCUCGACAUCCAGUGGAGGAGCCGUGACGGAAGACAGAGGCUCCACCUCUCGGCUUCUGAGUGCACAUCAGCCAGCCUCCGUGCCGCGUCCAAAUCUGGAGGCUCAGGUGCAGGAGAUUGCUGCCAGAGAAGGAGUGGCUCUCCGCAGACGGAGAGCUGAGGCCCACACGUCCAUCACGUCCCCGCCUUCAUCACCAAGUCCUCCUCAGAGUUGCACUUCGGAGCCGCUUCUGCUGACUGAACUGAGGACUGCAGCCCUCGGCUCAACUGAGGUGGAGAAGAGCAGCGUGCGAGGGGCAGGACGGGGCUCUGUCAGAGGUCAACCCGCUGCUGCCUCUCACGGCUCUGAAGAGCAGCUGGACGCUUCUUUUGCGGCUGGCCACCAGCCUGAGGCGGAACAGACCCAAGCCGUGAUCAUCCCCUCCACUGUCCCUGCGGCUGCUCAUCAUGACUUCAUCCCACUGAGGCCUGCUACAUCUUCUGUCAUCAGUCCAGACGAAGGUGUGGGUUUGUCCAGCCCACCCGAGUGGAACCAGGCCAGGCACCCCAGCAGAUCAGCGACCGGUGUUCAGGUCAGGGCUGACCUCCUGCAGCAGGUUCCUCACACAUCCUUGGAGACACCAGGUAGCAUUCCUUCAAGUCUCGCCUCACGAAAACACAAAAACUUACUUGCUUUGGUCGCCCCUCACUCAACAGCGCCACCUGUCCUGCUGCCAUAUAAACCUCAGGGAAGUGAAGAGCUCUUUUUCAUCCCACAAACGGAAGCUGACAUCUCGUCCACGUCAAUGGAGAGUUCGCACACAGGCUCCAACGAUGCCGUCCCGCCCCACUUCAGCAGCGACGUGCUAGGACACCAGGACCCGGGUCUGGACAGAGGAGUGACCAUCAGACACGCAGAGGGCAUCUACAGCAAGAGGCAGGGCGCCGGGAUGAUGGCGGCGGCCGCACACGGAGGGAGAAGCUCACAAACCACAGCCUUUGCAGCACCUCAGUGGUCCACUGAAAGGUCACAGGUCAAGCUCCAAGAAGCCCCGAGGCCCACUAAGGACCAGGGAACUAGUCCGAUCCAGUUCUUCCGCUCUGCGCCUGCGGGGACCAGACCAACUGUUGCAGUGAACCAGCACAGUCAUCAGGAGCAGGGCGCUAGUUUGGACCAGCUGUGGUCCAGGUUCUGUGAGCAGUGGAGCGCCCAAGAGUCCCGUCCCAUCAGGGACCGAGAGGCCUCGCUGCUGGACAGGAUGGAGCGACUGUCCCGUCUGAUCCAGGACAACAGGAGCUGGACGGGAGCGCGGCGUCAGCAGAGAGGAGCAGGGCGAGGGCUUCGCAGAGAGGCUCCAGAGGAGGACAGCCGCCUCUCCUCCAGCUUCUCGCAGGGUUCCUCCAACAGUCUCAGCAUCUGUCCUGCUGACCGAGACGAGUCCAGCACGACAGUGUCCACCGUGGACACGGCACGUCUGCUCCGAGCCUUCGGGGCCCACAGAGUCCAGCAGAUGAGGUCCAGCUCCAGUCUCAAUAGGCUCUACACCAGCAUCAGUAGGCAGCAGGGGGCGAGAGAGCGGGUUCUCGAUUCAUCCUCCAGCAGCAGCAUCUUGGAUUUGUCCCAUCAGAGACCCCCUCGAACCCUCGCAGCUAAGAAGACCGUGAGGAUGGUCAGCAGAGGAAUCCAGGCAGGCCACCUGGAGAUCGUCAGCAACGCCACACGGCGUCACACACGGGAUGUGGGAACCACGUUUCCGUCUCCCCCUGAAAACAUAGCGCCCCCACAGGUGGACUCCUCGUUGUGUGCCGAGCCUGACAGACCAGAGCCCAUGACGACCGGCAUCCUGAAGAGAAGGAGCAGACCUUCUGGACCUCGAGGAGUCACAUGGUUCAUCUCUGCCGGGGAGCUGAGGAGUGAAGAGCGGAAGGAGAACGAGUCGUCAUGGAGACCCGGCCCCUCCUGGUUUGAGCCCGUCAGAGCCGGCAGCUCACGGAGGGAGCCACUCAGACAAGUGCAGCAGAACCUGGAGGCCGAACCCAACCGUCCACCUGGAACUACGACAGGAUCUGAGCCAGUCUCUCUUCAGGAGUCUCUGCAGAUGCGUCGCCCGGCGUUCAUCGUCCAGUCCAGAGAGCGGAUGGUGCGACUGGCGAUGCAGGCGGAGGAGAGGAAGCUGUUUGACACCAUGAGCCGAGAGAGAGACCUGCUGCUGCAACGGACUGGUGAGCGCAAAGGUCCGGAGAGGAUUCCCAAACCAGCAGACGUCCCUGCGACCCGGCGGGCUGUUUCCAGGAAGGAGAUGAUCCAGAGGUCUAAACAGAUCUACGAGAGUCUUCCUGAGGUUCAGCGGAAGAAAGAAGAGGAGCGAAGAAGAGCGGCGUACAGAUCGUAUCGACUCAACGCCCAGAUCUACAACAAGAGAAUCACGAGUCGAGUCCUGGAAAGGAGAAGGUCAGCAUGGAAGUGAGGAUUUUAACGUCAAAUAAAGCAGAAUCAUGUUCAACAUUUUUGUUACUUUUCCAGUCAUGGCAGUGGCUUUUUUAGAUCCAAACCAUGUUUGUUUCAAUAAACAAACUUAGUGCGCA